UGCUGCGUAGCGCAUGCGUGAAAAAACGAACUAUCUCGAUCGUCUAACAAUACUGUGUAUGAUUAUAUCGUGGUCAAACACAAUCAAUCGUUUCUGAGUUAUCGCAGCAUAUGGUUGUGUUGAGAAAGAUCUUAUCAUUUUUGCUGAAAAUUUGCUGAAAAUUUCUGAAAAUAUUUCGAAAUGGGUCAUGAAGGAGAAGUCGUCCACAUUCAGAAUUCCGAUGAUUUGAAGAGUAAACUUAAAGAAGCAGGCAAUAAUUUAGUAGUUAUUGAUUUUUUUGCUGUAUGGUGUGGACCAUGCAAGAUGAUUGGACCACUAAUUGAAGAAUUGUCAAAGGAAAUGCAGGAUGUUCUUUUUCUUAAAGUUGAUGUAGAUGAAUGUGAAGAUAUUGCUGCUGAAUAUGAAAUAUCCAGUAUGCCUACAUUUGUUUUUAUAAAAGAAGGCAAAGUGUUGGAGACAUUUUCUGGUGCAAAUUAUGAUAAAUUGAAAAAUACCGUUCAGAAACACAAAUAAAUACUACACAAUGGUUAUUUA